AAGUGUCAUGACUCUGUUCCUGAGGACCGAGUGGUCACCGCUAACGUUGAUUCUAUUUUGGGUGACAUGGCGGCUGCCUCAGAGGAUAGUGGUGUAACUGGGGGUUGGGAUGACACCACAGAUAAUGUUCUUCAUACCAAGAGCCUAUCAGACACUGCCAGUCCUGUCAGAAUGGGUGAUUCACUCGCCAGCUCGUCAUCCUAUGAGGAGGUUUCUCUACUAGCCUGUGAGGUGGGGACUCAGGUUGAGUUCUCACGAUCUUGUGAGGUGGAGACCCAGGUGGAGUUGCCACAGGUUUGUGAAGUGGGAACCCAGGCGGAGUUUCCGCAGGCCUGUGAGGUGGGGACUCAGGUGGAGUUCUCAUGGUCCUGUGAGGUGGAGACUCAAGCGUGGGUACCUUCGGUCUGUGAAGUAGGGUCCCAGGUGGGUUCUCCACUUGAUCGGGACAUGUUUGUUCGGAGUAGUCCUCCUUUGGAUGACCAACGUCGGGGAUAUCGACGUAGAGGCAGAAGUUUGGGCCCUCGUCGAGGGGCUAAACAGCAGAAGACUCAGAGGAACGUUAAGGCCCCUAAGCUCCUACUUAAGCAUCAGUUUCCAGUUAUCUUGAGUGACAGUUGGCUUUAUGAGGUUUUUUACUGGCUGUCAUUGCCUGAGCCUCUCAGGAGUCUUAUUCUGAGGCUUAUGGUGUCCAAGGGUUUGGGAGGGACGGCUCCCUUUAGCCAGGCGCCUCCCAAGGCUGUUAGUCAGGCAUCUCCUCCUGAGCUCUGUAGCCUGGUCCCACCUGUGUCCAGUCGUUCGGCGCCUUCUGAAACCUGUAGUUUGAUGCUUUCUGAGGCCUCUAGCCCGGCGCCUCCAGUAGCCUGUAGCCCGGCGCCUCCAGUAGCCUGUAGCCAGGUUCCCCGUCUAGUUGCCUGUAGCCAGGCUCCCCUAGUUAGCAAUCCGGCGCCUCCCCUAGUCAGUAGCCAGGCGCCUCCUUUAGCCUGUAGCCCGGCGCCUCCAGAAGCCUGUAGUCCGGCGCCUCUUAGGGCUUUGUCUUUCAGAAGUCCGCCGCUGAGGGUCCUCGCCAGCCGCCCGCCGCUGAGGGUCCUCGCCAGCCGCCCGCCGCUGAGGGGCCUCGCCAGCCGUCCGCCUACGAGGGUUCUGCACAGCCGCCCGCUUCUGAGGGCCCUGCUCCGCCGACGUCCUCGGAGGGCCCUGCUCCGCCGACGUCCUCGGAGGGCCCUGCUCCGCCGACGUCCUCGGAGGGCCCUGCUCCGCCGACGUCCUCGGAGGGCUCUGCUCCGCCGACGUCCUCCAAGAGUCCUGCUUCGCUAUCAGCCUCCUGAAGUUCUGCUCCGUCAUCCGCCUCUGAGGGUCUUCAUCGGCCGUCCGCCUCUGAGGUUCCUGUUUCGCCGUCGGCCUCCUGAGGCUCUGUCCUGCCGUCAUCCUUCGGGACGUCUCCCGGAUUACCGGACACGCCGGGGCCGUUUUGCAGGACGCCCGACUGAGGACCUGACCCGUCGGGGCCGUCCUCCGGGACGCCCACCUGAGAACCUGACCCGUCGGGGCCGUCCUCCGGGACGCCCACCUGAGAACCUGACCCGUCGGGGCCGUCCUCCGGGACGCCCACCUGAGAACCUGACCCAUCGGGGCCGUCCUCCGGGACGCCCACCGGACUGCCUGUAAAGUUGCGAUCUGUACCUGGGAUGUUCCCUUAUGUUUAGGUUGUUCUGUUGGGGUGUCUUUGAUUUAGACUUUUAGUUGGACAGUUUUGGACUUUUUCCCUCCGUCCUGGACCCCCAUCCACCCACCCUGUUUGGGUUAUUUGUUUUUGGACUGGCUAUGGGCGUCUGGAAUCCGCCCUUGAGGGGAGGGUUCUGUCAUAGUUUGAGUUCUGUUUUUAGUUUAGGUACUGUUGGUGUUUGACAUCUGUCAUUGUUUUCAGUAUUAUUUCUGUGCAGUUCAUUUGUUUUCUCAGUUCUGUUGGGAUCUCGGUACUGAUGUUGGCUCUGAUUACUUACUCCACACACCUGCUCAUCUCCACCCCUGCUGCAAUUAGUUCUAACAUGCUCCACCUGUAUCUACCACUACUUAACCAGCUCCCAGACCCAACAUCAGUGCCAGAUCCUCUCAUGAGCUUACUUGGUGAGUUGUAUCCAGUGGGUUUUUCCCUAUCUGUUGAUCCUGACCUUAUUUUGCUUUGUGGAUUCUGAGACAGCUGAUUCUUUACCUGUUUUACCCUGCUUGUUGGAUUACCUGCUUGUUUUUGUCUUGACCGGACCGGUGUUUUGGAUUUUCUGAGUUUUUGCCUUUCCAGGACCUGUGUUUUUGGAUUCCCUGAGUUUUUCUUUGUUCCUGCCUGUUUUUGGGUUCAGCUCUCAUGUACUGACUGGAACUGUUUUUUGAGCCUGUCUAUCCCUUUUUCUGCCAGUCUGAGGUUAAUAAAUCCUCCUUUCAUCCA